AUGGAAGUUUCAGGCGCAGGGAAAUCCCCGAAUACGUCACUAUCGUUUAGGUACAAUGCUAAUAAUGAGGAACUGGAGGAACUUCUUCAAGCUUGUGAGGAUGACCCUCCAACACCACAGGCUGAGCCAGCACCAGUCAGGAGUGAAAGUGCCAGCCCCAAAAGAACAGAGAAGAAUAUAUCAAUCAUAGAUAAAUAUUUCAAAUCUAUGAGAACAGAGAAAACAAAUGAAAAGACAGAGGAUAUCAAACCAGAGAUUAAACAAGAAGAAACUCGUUCUGUAAUACCUCCUAAAGAAAUCACUUCAUCGCCAAUGAAAGAGUAUUUAAACCGACUCGGAAAAAGAAACACACCAGAUGUGGCUCCAGAGGGAAAGGAGGCAAAUGAAACUUGGAAAAUAUUUCAUGAUUUUAAAUUCAAAAUAGCUCAAGCUGUCGAAGAUAUGAAAACACGUUCCGUUGAAGAUACUAAAGAUAAAACUCUUCCGAGAGAAAACUCGACAUCAGAUUCUGAAGAGAAUUCAGCGGUUAAAGACUCGGAUCAACAAAGUAUGGGUGAUACGGACAACCAAGUGUCUUCAUUGGACAGCAGUAUGCAGAACUUAUCUGACAUGACUCAGCCGCUAACAGCCAAGCCUAUAGACUAUGAACUGAUAAAGGAAACGAAUUUAAACAAAAGCCAUUCGGAAUCUAGCGAUGAUACGCAUAAGAAUUUACCAUAUCAAGAAUCUGACUUAGCGCGGGAAUUCUUACAAGACAGUAUAGAGAUAGAGUCCGGUGUUGAAGCUCUGGAGGACACUAUCGACGCUUUUGGUGACGCGAAUCAGAUAGAAAUGGAAGAUAAUAAAAGAACAACAGAAACACCAACAAACCAAGCGAACACAUCAAACUUCGGACAACCACCAAACAAGAACAAUAUACACAAAGACGAACCAAAGAAAAACUAUUUCUUUAAAUUCUCAAUGUAUUUCCUAACUAUAUUUCUAUUCGUCAAUUACGUAUUAUUCCCUAAUUCGAAUAUAUGGAACGGUUUCCUAUUGGGCAUUUGGUUUUUCUGUUUCGCAACAAACGUCCGUGAUUGGCUGAUGGAUAACUACUUCAGGGACUGGGAACCGAGGAAGGGUGGUUUCUUCCAAUUGAAACAGAGCGCAACACUACCAUUUAUAUAUACUAUACCAACUAUUAAAGAGCACAAGCCGUUGAAAAAGUUUGAGGGUUGGUUAAAUCAUUAUAGGUUUCCAGACUACGAUCCCUUUACUUAUCACAUUAAUAAGACAACAACAGCUUUCGUCAAACUUGAAGGUUGCAACCUCCGCAUAUCAUACACAAGGACAAAAGUUGCUAAACGCGCUCUUUGGGACGAAAAGAUUGAAAAUGUGACUUUCUACCAGCACAGACUAUACAACCUCACUGGUGCGAGAGUCAUCUUGCUUCCGAAAGGUUUAGUCAAAAGGAGGCAAUGGAGCAAGAAAUAUCCAAUUUGCAUAAUAUUGAACGAAAAGGAGAAGAUACAAGUGUUGGAAAAAGAAAAUACGGAUAAGAAAUCCGAUGCACAAGAGAAGAAAAAUAAAGAUGUACCGGCUGAAGUUGAGAGCGCCGAAACAAACACGACGCCCGAAAAGAAAAGGAAGUUUGUGUGGAGAAAGAAAGAGAAGAGUAUUACACAUCCGGAAAUUGAACCCGGUAAAGAAGGACUUCGUCACAGACUUGUGAGGAAAAUGCACAGAGACAAGAAGAUCGACAACACGUCACAAUGCACCGAACCUGAGACAAGUCACUCAGAUAAGAACACACAACUGGAAUAUGAAGCGGUGGAGACGGAAAUAGAACUGACUAAGACCGCGAACAAGGACGAAGACGUGGAGCUUGAUGAACACGAGUUGACGAAGAUCAAAGAGUGUCUAGAGGAAACUGAAUUGGAGACGGGCGCCGACGGUGCGACCGAGGGGGAAUGGAGCGUACACGUCAAACACUCACGAGAUAAACAUUCCAGACUGUAUCUCUUCGCAAGGACCGGGAGAGAUAAACUUGAAUGGUAUCGAAGACUCCUAGUAGCGGUAUCAGAAGCUCGUUCAGACUCACCCAAUGAGGACGAACGACACACGGACGACAAAGACAUUGAGCUCGCUGUGUACAAACUCACUGAGAAGGAUACUGUCGCCUUCGCUAAGUCUAAAUCCAACGAGCAGGUGUCUGAAGGGGUCACUAUCAGUAGUACAGCGCAGCCGCUGCCUUCAAACUUUGAUCUAUAUGAAAAGUCGUUCUGGCCAUACUUACUGAAGAUAAUACAGAACCAUGAGACGUCUUCAAAACAAACAACGGAUGCCGGCGUCAUGUGUCAGAUAGAACCCACGCCUCACGAAAGGAGUAAGAGUAGGAAGAAGAAAAAGAAUAGUUCGCAGGGCGCGGAGUGCACGUGCCGCGUGUUGCCGUCGGAGGUGUCGUGGGUGAACACAGUGCUGGCGCGGCUCAUGUAUGACGUAAUGAGGGAUCCGGCGAUGGUGGCGCGCGUGCAGAACAGGAUACAGAGGAAACUCAACACGCUCAAGCUGCCGUCGUUCAUGUCCCCGCUGCUGGUGACGGAGCUGGUGCUGGCCGGCUCGUGUCCCGCCGUGUGCGGCGUCGGCCCGCCCUCGCUGGACGCGCGCGGGCUGUGGCUGCACGCGCUGCUGCGGUACGACGGGGGCGCCACCAUCACCAUCCUCACGCAGAUCAACCUGCUCAAGCUUAAGGAGAAGAAUCUCACAUUAGAAGAUCAACUACUAGCGGCCGCCGAAAAUACAGUCGAGAGCGACGCUAGCUGCUCUAUACCGAGCGCGCUGCUUACAGAUAAAAAACGUAAGCCGGCGAUCUACGACUCAGAAGUUGAGGACUCAGCAGAGUCGAGCAGCGACGAUGAGAGCCCGCCCGUACAACCUGUGGAUAGUACGGAGAAUGUACUGAACGCGGACUCUGUAUCGUCAACUAACGAAGGUGGAUCGUCUAAGAAGAAGUUCUUACGUAUGGUUGACAAGAUAGCCACCAACAAAUACUUCCAACAGGUAACGGACUACAAGUACGUGAAGCGCGCCAUGGAGGGUCUCAGUAACACGGACAUCAAACUGCAGCUGGAGGUGAACGGACUGGAGGGGAGGCUGGCCAUCAACCUGCCGCCCCCGCCGCACGACCGACUGUGGAUAGGGUUCUCAACCAACCCGCAGCUAGUAUUGAAGGCGCGGCCCGCAGUAGGCGCGCGGGCGUUGCGGUUCGCUCAUAUUUCCAACUGGAUAGAACAGAAACUGACCAAAGAGUUUGAAAAGGUGCUCGUUCUGCCCAAUAUGGAGGACUUCAUCAUAGACGUUAUGUCGCCCACGCCUAUAGAGUUUGAAUAA